GAGGGUACAGUCCGGGAUUAGGCUGCUGGAGACAGGGGGUCAAGGAGUGAGUGAGUGAGAGAGCGCGAGCAAGCCAGUGAGAGAGGGCGGGAAAGAGCGGUCUGGGUCUCGCUUCUCAUCUCCACCAGGGAAAGAAAGAACAGAGGGGGAAGAAGGCUCUGACUGGGAACCGGAGGAAAGUCAUGUGUUUUCCCAUAGAAGAGAACCACCCCUAAAGGACAAAAAGCGAUCCCCGCCUUCGGACAGUCCCCCGGCCGCCCCACACCCUACUCACAGAGCCACAGCGGAGGAGCAGGAGAGCCCGGAACGAAUAGUGCAGAAGGAGAAGCUGCAUGCUGAGCUGAAGCAGGUUCUGCGCCUGAAACGAAACCAGCUAAGAGAGGCGUCUGAAGGCAGCAUGGAUCCACCAACGCAGGGCACUGGAUCCCAGCAGGAACUGGUGGAGGUUGUCGUGGAGACGGAGGCGGAGGCUGGGGCCAGUGGCUACAGCGUGACAGGAGGGGGGCAGAGGGGCAUUUUUGUGAAAGAAGUGCUGAAAGACUCACUUGCAGCCAAACACCUGAGUCUGCAGAAAGGGGAUCAGUUACUGAGUGCCAGAGUGUACUUUGACAACGUGAAGUACGAGGAUGCUCUGAAGAUCCUACAAUGUGCGGAACCAUACAAGGUUUCCUUCUUACUGAAGAGGACAGUAGCAGGCACUGAUGUUGCUGUAUCUCCGGGCACUGCCAACCUUGAGCUGAAAGGACCCAAACCCAAGAUGCCUAAAAUGAGCGUCAAGAGCAUCAAGCCCUUCAAGGUGAAGAAAAAAAGAGGUGGUAGAUUUGGCUUGAAGAGACUGAAAGAAAACAAGAAAGCAAGCGCUGGAUCAGAGUUGGAGGCAGAGGGUUCCCCAGCUAAGACAGAGCUCAGUCCUGUGGAUGUGGAGUUUGCCUUCCCCAAAUUCAACAAGUUGAAGAAGGGUGGGAAGGCCUCAGCAGAAGGAGGGCUGAAACUGUCCGAGCCAGAGUUGUCAGGAGGAUUGUUAACUGCAGGCAGGAAGAAGAGGAAGAUUAGGUUCCCCAGAAUGAGGAUGAAGGAUAGUGCUGGUGUGGAUGCCUCAGAGGGGCAGGUGGAUGUUACAGUACCAGAGGGCGGGAUUAGGCUGGAAGAGCCUAUAAGCAAUGUCAAAGCCAGAGGGAAGGCCCCAAAGUUUGGGAUCACCUUUCCAAAAACCAAGAAAACCAAAGUGGACUUAAUUUCACCAGAGGGGAACAUAGAGCCACCCGAAGGUAAAUUUAGGCCACCGUCAGUAGAAUUUGGUUUUCCAUCUGGAAGAAAGGACGCAGACUUGCCUGAUAAGGAAGUGAAGGAAAAAGAAGGGUUGAGGUUCAAACCUCCUGAAGUUGAAUUUUCUUUAGGGCUGCCCACUGGAAAAGGAGAAGCAAGCUUACCUCACUCUAAAAUGGAAGGCAAGGGCAAAGGAGAGAUCAAAGGACCUAAAGUGGACAUCAAGGGAGACAAAUUUCACAUGCCGAGUGUUGAUAUUACACUUCCAAAAGGAAAAACUUCAGAGACAGAAUUUGAUGUUGAAGGCCGUGGUGGCAAAGGGGGUACAUUUCAGAUGCCCACGUUUGAUAUUUCUCUUCCCAAAAUCACGGCACCAGAUGCAGACAUUGGCUUUGAGGGGCCUGACAUCAAAGGUGGCAAGAUGCACAUGCCCAAAAUUGAUAUUUCACUUCCAAAAGGAAAACCGCCAGGAGCCGAAAUUGAUGUUGAAGGACAUGGGGGCAAAGGAGGCAAAAUUCAAAUGCCCACACUUGAUAUUUCUCUUCCCAAAAUCAAAGCACCAGAUGCAGACAUUGGCUUUGAGGGCCCUGACAUCAAAGGUGGCAAAAUGCACAUGCCCAAAAUUGAUAUUUCACUUCCAAAAGGAAAAAUGCCAGGAGCCGAAAUUGAUGUUGAAGGACAUGGGGGCAAAGGAGGCAAAAUUCAAAUGCCCACACUUGAUAUUUCCCUUCCCAAAAUCAAGGCACCAGAUGCAGACAUUGGCUUUGAGGGCCCUGACAUAAAAGGUGGCAAGAUGCACAUGCCCAAAAUUGAUAUUUCACUUCCAAAAGUAAAAAUGCCAGAAGGUGAAGUUGAUGUUGAAGGACUUGAGGGCAAAGGAGGCAAAUUUCAAAUGCCCACAUUUGAUGUUUCUCUUCCCAAAAUCAAAGCACCAGAUGCAGACAUUGGCUUUGAGGGCCCUGACAUCAAAGGUGGCAAAAUGCACAUGCCCAAAAUUGAUAUUUCACUUCCAAAAGGAAAAAUGCCAGGAGGUGAAGUUGAUGUUGAAGGACUUGGGGGCAAAGAAGGCAAAUUUCAAAUGCCCACAUUUGAUAUUUCCCUUCCAAAAAUCAAGGCACCAGAUGUAGACAUUGACAUGAAAGGGCCUGACAUCAAAGGUGGCAAGAUGCACAUGCCCAAAAUUGACCUUUCACUUCCAAAAGGAAAAAUGCCAGGAGCCGAAAUUGAUGUUGAAGGACAUGGGGGCAAAGGAGGCAAAUUUCAAAUGCCCACAAUUGAUAUUUCUCUUCCAAAAAUCAAGGCACCAGAUGCAGACAUUGGUUUUGAGGGCCCUGACAUCAAAGGUGGCAAGAUGCACAUGCCCAAAAUUGACCUUUCACUUCCAAAAGGAAAAAUGCCAGGAGCUGAAAUUGAUGUUGAAGGACAUGGGGGCAAAGGAGGCAAAUUUCAAAUGCCCACAAUUGAUAUUUCUCUUCCAAAAAUCAAGGCACCAGAUGCAGACAUUGGUUUUGAGGGCCCUGACAUCAAAGGUGGCAAGAUGCACAUGCCCAAAAUUGACCUUUCACUUCCAAAAGGAAAAAUGCCAGAAGGUGAAGUUGAUGUUGAAGGACUUGGGGGCAAAGGAGGCAAAUUUCAAAUGCCCACAUUUGAUAUUUCCCUUCCGAAAAUCAAGUCACCAGAUGUAGACCUUGAUGUCCAAGCACCUGACAUCAAAGGUGGUAAGAUCCACAUGCCCAAAAUUGACCUUUCGCUUCCAAAAGCAAAAAUGCCAGAAGGUGAAGUUGAUAUUGAAGGUCAUGGUGGUAAAGGGGGUAAAUUUCAAAUGCCCACAUUUGAUAUUUCCCUUCCCAAAAUGAAGGCACCAGAUGUAGACAUUGACAUGAAAGGACCUGACAUCAAAGGUGGCAAGAUGCACAUGCCCAAAGUUGAUAUUUCACUCCCAAAAGGAAAAACACCAGAAGCCGAAAUUGAUGUUGAAGGACUUGGGGGCAAAGGAGGCAAAUUUCAGAUGCCCACAUUUGAUAUUUCCCUUCCCAAAAUCAAGGCACCAGAUGUAGACAUUGACAUGAAAAGACCUGACAUCAAAGGUGGCAAGAUGCACAUGCCCAAAAUUGACCUUUCACUUCCAAAAGGAAAAAUGCCAGAAGGUGAAGUUGAUGUUGAAGGUCAUGGUGGUAAAGGGGGUAAAUUUCAAAUGCCCACAUUUGAUGUUUCCCUUCCCAAAAUCAAGGCACCAGACGUAGACAUUGACAUGAAAGGACCUGACAUCAAAGGUGGCAAGAUGCACAUGCCCAAAGUUGAUAUUUCACUUCCAAAAGGAAAAAUGCCAGAAGGUGAAGUUGAUAUUGAAGGCCAUGGCGGUAAAGGGGGUACAUUUCAAAUGCCCACAUUUGAUAUUUCCCUUCCCAAAAUCAAGGCACCAGAUGUAGACAUUGGCAUGAAAGGACCUGACAUCAAAGGUGGCAAGAUGCACAUGCCCGAAAUUGAUAUUUCACUUCCAAAAGGAAAAACGCCAGGAGCCAAAAUUGAUGUUGAAGGACAUGGGGGCAAAGGAGGCAAAUUUCAAAUGCCCACAUUUGAUAUUUCCCUUCCCAAAAUCAAGGCACCAGAUGUAGACAUUGGCAUGAAAGGACCUGACUUCAAAGGUGGCAAGAUGCACAUGCCCGAAGUUGAUAUUUCACUUCCAAAAGGAAAAACACCAGAAGCCGAAAUUGAUGUUGAAGGACUUGGGGGCAAAGGAGGCAAAUUUCAGAUGCCCACAUUUGAUAUUUCUCUUCCCAAAAUCAAGGCACCAGAUGCAGACAUUGACAUGAAAGGACCUGACAUCAAAGGUGGCAAGAUGCACAUGCCCAAAAUUGACCUUUCACUUCCAAAAGGAAAAAUGCCAGAAGGUGAAGUUGAUGUUGAAGGUCAUGGUGGUAAAGGAGGUAAAUUUCAAAUGCCCACAUUUGAUAUUUCCCUUCCCAAAAUGAAGGCACCAGAUGUAGACAUUGACAUGAAAGGACCUGACAUCAAAGGUGGCAAGAUGCACAUGCCCAAAGUUGAUAUUUCACUUCCAAAAGGAAAAAUGCCAGAAGGUGAAGUUGAUAUUGAAGGCCAUGGCGGUAAAGGGGGUACAUUUCAAAUGCCCACAUUUGAUAUCUCCCUUCCCAAAAUGAAGGCACCAGAUGUAGACAUUGACAUGAAAGGACCUGACAUCAAAGGUGGCAAGAUGCACAUGCCCGAAGUUGAUAUUUCACUUCCAAAAGGAAAAACGCCAGGAGCCAAAAUUGAUGUUGAAGGACAUGGGGGCAAAGGAGGCAAAUUUCAAAUGCCCACAUUUGAUAUUUCCCUUCCCAAAUUCAAGGCACCAGAUGUAGACAUUGGCAUGAAAGGACCUGACAUCAAAGGUGGCAAGAUGCACAUGCCCGAAGUUGAUAUUUCACUUCCAAAAGGAAAAACACCAGAAGCCGAAAUUGAUGUUGAAGGACUUGGGGGCAAAGGAGGCAAAUUUCAGAUGCCCACAUUUGAUAUUUCCCUUCCCAAAAUCAAGGCACCAGAUGUAGACAUUGACAUGAAAAGACCUGACAUCAAAGGUGGCAAGAUGCACAUGCCCAAAAUUGACCUUUCACUUCCAAAAGGAAAAAUGCCAGAAGGUGAAGUUGAUGUUGAAGGUCAUGGUGGUAAAGGGGGUAAAUUUCAAAUGCCCACAUUUGAUGUUUCCCUUCCCAAAAUCAAGGCACCAGAUGUAGACAUUGACAUGAAAGGACCUGACAUCAAAGGUGGCAAGAUGCACAUGCCCAAAGUUGAUAUUUCACUUCCAAAAGGAAAAACGCCAGGAGCCGAAAUUGAUGUUGAAGGACAUGUGGGCAAAGGAGGCAAAUUUCAAAUGCCCACAUUUGAUAUUUCCCUUCCCAAAAUCAAGGCACCAGAUGUAGACAUUGGCAUGAAAGGACCUGACUUCAAAGGUGGCAAGAUGCACAUGCCCGAAGUUGAUAUUUCACUUCCAAAAGGAAAAAUGCCAGAAGGUGAAGUUGAUUUUGAAGGCCAUGGUGGUAAAGGGGGUAAAUUUCAAAUGCCCACAUUUGAUAUCUCCCUUCCCAAAAUCAAGGCACCAGAUGUAGACAUUGACAUGAAAGGACCUGACAUCAAAGGUGGCAAGAUGCACAUGCCCAAAGUUGAUAUUUCACUUCCAAAAGGAAAAAUGCCAGAAGGUGAAGUUGAUUUUGAAGGCCAUGGUGGUAAAGGGGGUAAAUUUCAAAUGCCCACAUUUGAUGUUUCUCUUCCCAAAAUCAAGGCACCAGAUGUAGACAUUGACAUGAAAGGACCUGACAUCAAAGGUGGCAAGAUGCACAUGCCCAAAAUUGACCUUUCACUUCCAAAAGGAAAAAUGCCAGAAGGUGAAGUUGAUGUUGAAGGUCAUGGUGGUAAAGGGGGUAAAUUUCAAAUGCCCACAUUUGAUAUUUCUCUUCCCAAAAUCAAGUCACCAGAUUUAGACAUUGACUUGGAGCGACCUGACAUCAAAGGCGUCAAGAUUCACAUGGGGGAUAAGGACACAACUGAUGCAAGACUUAGCGUUCCAUCUGUUAAGAUGCCGACGAUUGAUAUUGAUAUGCCAAAGUUCAACCUUGAUUUAAGCCUGCCAAAAGGCAAACAAGAUGCAAGCCUGGACAAGGGAUUGAGUGCCUCCCAACCAUUGGGUCAUUUUGACAUUCCUGACAUUGAUCUAAAAAUGCCUCAUAUCUCCAUGCCAGACUUUGGAUUUAAAGGCAAAGACACGCAGGUGGAAGAUGACCUCAAGCUCAAAGGAGAUUUGAAAUUUCCAAAAGGCCCAAGUCUUGAAAUUAACAUGCCAAAACUUCCCAAAUUUGGAAAUGAAAAUGAAAUUAGGCUCAGAUCUCCAGAACUUGACAUUGAAAGUCCAGACUUGGAUUUAAAGGAUUCUCACAAAGGGAAGAUCACAUUACAAGGACCUAAUGUAGACAUUGAUGGUGCUGGUAGAAAUUUCAAGAUACCCACUGUGAAACUUCCAACAGUAGACAUAACUGCCCCUAAAGUUAACCUGGAUUUUGGAUUAUCUAAAUCUAAAGGUGAUGACAGGGAAGAGAUAGAAUUGCUAAAAGCUGAAGGCAGCAGGCCCUCUUCUGGAGCAAGUUUUGAAGUUCCAGAUGUCUCCCUAAAAAUGCCAAAGUUUUCUCUUCCCAAAUUUGGAGGCAAAUUGAAGAAAGGAGAUUUAGACAUAGAAGGUCAAGGUCCCAGAGCAGACAUUAGAAUUAGCCCUCCGCGGCUAGAAAGUGAAGUCAGAGAACCAUCAGCUGAAAUAGGGUCUGACGGAAAGGUAAAAGGUAGAGUUAAGAUGCCUAAAAUGAAAAUUCCAGGUUUUGGGAUAUUGAAGAAAGAGGGAGAAGCCACAAUUAGUGUACCAGAAGCUAAGCUCAAUGAAAAGGUGAAAAUUAAAAAGCCAGAGAUAGAUUUUGAAUUACCAGAGGAUAAAACAAAAUACAAAUUUAAAAGUAGCCUUCAAGCUCCAGAUGUCACGAUCAAAAUGCCGAAGUUCUCUAUGCCUAAAUCUGGAAAUAAGGAAGGUGGCCUUGAUAUAUGUGCACCUGAUGCAGAAUUGGACACCAAAGGGAAGGUAAAAAUGCCAUCUGUUGAGAUUUCCCUGCCAACAACAAAGCUACCCGAGGGUGAGGUUUUACUCCCGAAAGCUGAAGUAGAUGUGUCUGAAGCUGAUAUUAAAGGUUAUGAAGGUCAUCUGAAAAUCCCCAAAAUGCCCACUAUUGACAUAUCAGUCCCAAAAAUUGACCUUGAUGUAGCCCUUCCCAAAACACAUGGCACUGAAGCUGAAAGAGGAUUUAAUGAACCUGACUUCAAGCUGAAGAUGCCCAAAGUCACUUUACCUACAGUCAGCAUCUCUGGAUCCAAAGAAAAUAAUUUUGAAAAGGAUAUCAAAAUAAAAGGUCCAAAAAUAGAUGUCUCAAAACCAAAGGUUUCAACUGAUGUGCUAAAUGUAAAUAUUGAGGGCAAUGAAAGUAAACUCAAGAUGCCUAAAAUUAAACUGCCAACAAUAGACAUAUCAGUUCCAAAAGGACAAGCUGGAGAUAUUAAUGUUCCAGAUGUUGAUGCUGAGAGUGAUGGGGGUAAAUUUAAGAUGCCAAAAAUUAAAAUGCCAGUGGUGGACAUAUCAGUUCCCAAAAGACAAUCUGGAGAUAUUGAUGUUCCAGGCAUUGACAUUGAGGGAGAUGAUGGUAAAUUUAAGAUGCCAAAAAUGAAAAUACCAGAGGUAGAUAUAUCAGUUCCAAAAAGACUAUCUGGAGAUAUUGAUGCUCCAAGCAUGGAUGCUGAGGCAGAUGGCGGCAAAUUUAAGAUGCCAAAAAUUAAAAUGCCAGAUGUAGAUAUAUCAGUCCCAAAAAGACACUCUGGAAAUAUUGAUUUUCCAAGCAUUGAAGGUGGUGGAGAUGGUGGCAAAUUUAAGAUGCCAAAAAUUAAAAUGCCAGAGGUAGAUAUAUCAGUUCCAAAAAGACAAUCUGGACAUAUUAAUGUUCCAGACAUGGAAGUUGAGGGAGAUGGAGGCAAAUUUACAAUGCCUACAUUUAAAACGCCAAAGGUAGAUAUAUCCGUUCCAAAAGGAAAGCUUCUUGAUGCUGAUGGAUCGGGUGAACUUCAGAUUGACUUAGCAAAAGGGAAGGCAGAACAUCAAGGCAUAAAAAUGCCAUUGAUAGACAUAAAGGGUCCAAAAGGCAAUCUAGAGUUAGACAUAAACUUACCAAAAGCUGAUGGAGGAAAACAAAGGAAAAAGAUUGAACUGCCUGAUUUAGACAUGGACACAUCUACCAGCCAUGGUAAAAUAAAAGGUCCAAAGAUUAAAGGUACGAAGUUUAAAAUUGGAAUGCCAAAGAUGAAGGCUGCUGAGAGUCCUGGAGAAGAUUUUGAUAAGGAAGGCAGGGAAGCUAAAUUCCAAAUGCCACAAAUUAAUCUUCCAGAUGUGGGUUUUUCUACACCUAAAGCUGAAAUACAUGGUCCAGAAAUAAGCGGGAAAUUGCCCAAAUUCAAAGUACCUGAUUUGGAGAUCUCAGGUCCUAAGAUAAAAGGAGAGACUGACAUGAAAGGUACAGAUAUUGACCUGGGCCCUCUAGAGGAUAAAGAACGGAUUAGGCUUCAAAUGCCCAAAAUCUCCUUGCCAACUGUGGGGUUCAAAGAUAAAUCUGGCUCAACUGAAUUGAUAGCCCCUAAUUCUGAUUCAGAGGAUGGGAUUUCAUUUCCAAAACUUGAAAUUAUGACCCCAAAGAUUUUAGACUUUGACAUCAGGCCCUCACAAGUUGAAGAUGAAGAUACAGAUGGUGAUGCAGACAAGAAAAAUAAAAUUAAAAUACCAAAGUUUGGGGUUGCUCUGCCUACCAUCACAGGACCUGAGGCAACAGCAAAUAUCAAAGUGCCAGAUACAAAAGUAAAAGGACCUGUUGUUAAAAUGAAAGUACCUGAAAAUGAAAAUGAAUAUGAAGGUCCUAAAAUGCCAAAAGUGAAGAAAGCAGUAUUUGUUUUGGUAAACCCAAACACAGAUGAGUCUGAUAUAUCUGUAAGCUUUCCAGAAGAAAUGAGAGUGCCAAAGAUCAAAAUGAAGCCAAGUUUUGAAAAAUCACGCUCAAAGGACAAAGCCAUGAAUGGAGAGGAAGAUGAGGAUGGGAAGUCAAAGGGAGGCAAAAUAAAAAUGCCAAAAGUAACCUUCUCUUCAGGAAAGACUGGCUCUUUUGAUGUGGCUGCUGGACCCAGUGUCAAUGGUGAGAAAGAUGUUGCAUUCCAGAAUGGAUCCAAGGAAGACAAAACCAAAUUUGGGAAGCUCAAGCUCCCCAAGAUUGAGUUCACCUCCCCGUACUCCAGAAACAGCGGGGCAGAAGACGACACUGAGAUGAACAUGAAGCUAGUCAAAAAGGAUGAUUCCUUGGGAACUGAUGAGGAACAAAAUGGAAGCAAGAACAAAUCAUCCACAAUUGCUUUACCCGGGUUCAAGAAAAAGGCAGGGAAAAAUGAGGAGGAGGAACCAGAUCAAGUGGUGUCCUCCAAAGCCAGGAUGGAGAUGCUCCGAGACCGAGAAGGUUCAGAGUCACCUGUUCCCAAGAUCUCCAUUGGCUUUGUCUCUGGGAGACUAAAAGGGCAGGCGAAGGCUGAGCGCGCUGACGCGGAUGGAACGAGUGGAAGCAGGAGGGAGACUGAUAGCAAAAAGUCACCGCAGUUUAAGGUCCCCAAGUUCAGCUUGAGCCCUCUGUCCACAGGAAUCCUGCACAUCACUCCAGAAAGCUCACCCCAGGGGAGCAAAUCCUCCCUCCAGUGCCCUGGGGAAGAUGAAGCCUCCACAGGAAUCAGGAUACAGUUGCCCAGUGUGGGGUUCUCCUCCCCCCACACCUCUGAGGAACAGGCUGCCCCCACAUCUAAGAAAGGCACUGUGGCGGUGCUAACAAAAUCGUCCAAACACACAAAAAAGGAACCUGGGACUAGCCAAGCUGAAAGUUCACCUUCACGUUGGCAUUUCUGAAAAGAGAAUAUGAAGAAAUGAGCAAUAACAUGCUCUCAUUUUCUGAAAAAAAAUAAUAAGCGACCACUUUAUUUUGUUCUUUUUCCUCAUGUUUUUUCUAUUUUAAUUUGUAUUGUUUUGCUGCCGUUUGCUCGCUCUUGCCAAUGUCAAUCUUACAAAAAAAAAACUGUACGGAGCCUGUGGCACACUAACACACUCAUGCAUACAUAUAUGUAUGCACACACACAAACAUACACACACACACACACUAACACACUCAUGCAUACAUAUAUGUAUGCACACACACACACACACACACACACACACUAACACACUCAUGCAUACAUAUAUGUAUGCACACACACACACUAACACACUCAUGCAUACAUAUAUGUAUGCACACACACACACUAACACACUCAUGCAUACAUAUGUGUAUGCACACACACACACUAACACACUCAUGUAUACAUAUAUGUAUGCACACACACACACUAACACGCUCAUGCAUACAUAUAUGUAUGCACACACACACACUAACACGCUCAUGCAUACAUAUAUGUAUGCACACACACACACACUAACACGCUCAUGCAUACAUAUAUGUAUGCACACACACACACACUAACACGCUCAUGCAUACAUAUAUGUAUGCACACAUACACACACUCAUGCAUACAUGUAUGCACACACAAACACACACACACACGCUCAUGCAUACAUACACGUGUGUACACACACAUAUACUUUUAUACAGACAUGUAUGCACACACACGUAUACGUGCACGCAUGUACACACAUACACACACACCUAUUAUGACCGCUACUGAUCUUUACUAUAUGUGCUUCUUUGGAAACAUGAAUUUGAUGAUGAUUUAUACAUUAAAUUGUAAAUAUAAAUAAGCAGAAUAAACUCCAAACUCAAAUGCAGUGAUUAAGUGAUGAGUAGAUGAGUUUUGAAGGAGUGUUAUGUUGUGGCAUUAACCAAUAGUGGUGUGUGCUUUAAUUUAAUAUACUAGGAAAAUCCAUAGAGACCUAUAAACAGUGUGUCUUCAUGGUCAUUGCUCUGAAAAUAGACAAUGAUGUGAGCUUUAUCAUGUAAUUUUGAUAAGAUUUUGAUUUAUUUGAUGUCUCUUAAAUUCUGUUCUAUUUUAGUAGUCCUUUUAAGGUUCCAUGUGAUUAUAUCAUGAGGUGAGCCACAACUUCAGUUUUCAUGCAGUUUCGAGGCUUUGUACUGUGAUACCCCUGGUGUGAUUUGUUUUGGAAUUAACAUCAAUCUAUAAGCCAUCAUGGACACAGUGAGUCUUGGAACAUAUUUGUUAUUGUAAAAAUGCAACUGGUCUUUUCUCUAUGGUAAAGUGUGGUUUAAAAAUGUUUGCUUAAAUACAGUAUUGUGCCUUCUUAAUGUCUCAUAUAAAAGGCUAAUUUGCCAAAUAUGAAAGAUUUCUUGAGUCUUGUAGGACAUGUUUGGGGCUGCAGGAUGAACUUAAAAAGAAAGUUUGCACACUUUGUUUACUCAAAUGCAGUUUGUAUCACGCCGCAAGCUGCCUUCUUUUCCUUUUUCACUUGGAGACUGCAGGAUAAUCAGUAUAUUUACUGAGUGGAACCGUGCAAGAGAAAGCUCUGUAAUCCUGUUUCAUCUUCCAGUCAGCAAACGCUCUUAACCUUGUUGAACACUUACACUGAAACUGAACAUCAGCGUUGACUUAGUAAAUAGUAUGAUCAACUGUGGGAAUGGAUUUCAUGCAGUUCAGUAACACAGUUUAACAGUAUGUGUAUGUAUAGAGAGAUUAUUACAAGUGCUUUCAUGCUCAGUAGCAUGUUUCUGAAAGCGUUUUUGUGUACUGGCUUUUCAUGGAAGGCACUUUUUGAAGCAAUAUGUAAUUUAAGUGGCAUUUUGAAAUAACAUUUAAAAAAGAAUACAAAGUAUUAAAACUUAAUAUUCUUAA